AGCAAAAAGGAAUAUCGGCUGACUGUCAUCUCUAACUCGACACCGGCUAUAACGAAUAUUACACAAGUGACAACGCAUAGUUUGAAUAAAAAGCGUUGGCAAAAUGGUGCGACUGAGAAUGCCCUCCAACCGAACACUGGGAAACAUAUGCGUCUACGGCGCUGUGGCCUCCAUAUCCGCCGUGAUGUACAUGCGCUGGAAGAUGGAGGAUCGGGUGAGAUCCUGCGAAUACUACAAACUGGCGCUAAAAGCACUGCGAAACCAUCGAGGAGCUGUGGGUCUCCUGGGGGAGCCCAUCAAGGAUUCGGGUAUUGAUCUGUCUAAUGCCAACAACAAUUGCAAUGCGGAGAUGGCGCAUUUCGAGGUUUCCGUGCGGGGCAGCAAAGAUAAAGGAACCCUAUACUUCUGGGCGUCCCAUCAGCCGGAUAGAGGCUGGCUGAUUGACCGACUGGAGCUGGAAACCAAACUUAAUCCCGAAAAGCGCUUCCUGCUCAAGAAAUCCGAGGAACUAACCUUCGAUCUGCCCGAGAGUCUGAGCAAAGUGCCCGCCCAACAAGUGGAUUCCGAUGUUAUUCUUUCCGAAGCAAAUCUACUAAAUGCCAAACAAACGGAAAAGCAUUCAAAGUAACCAAGAAUUCCGAUUCAAUUAGUUUAUUCUCAUUAAAUUUGACUAAUUCAAGCAAUCUUAAAUGUUUUAUAGUUAUGUUAUUUUAAUUACAAAUUUAUUGUUUUUAUAAAAUCAAA